UAAACGUCAUUUUAUUGAGGACGUGCCCUUGUUUUGAAAGGACUAACCGGAAAUGCAGGAGUUUGUUGUUGAAACCUCGGGUUCAAGACAUCGAACUGACUCUGCUGCUGAACUCGAUCACCUUGACUGUGCUUCUCAUCAUCAUCCUCCUCCUCACCUUCUUCAGUCUCUCUGGGUGUGGGUGACACUGGCUCUGUGCCAGUCCUCCACAGAUGAAGAUGUCCCUGGCCCAGCGAGUGCUCCUCUCAUGGAUAUUUGCCCUGAUCUUCUUGAUCCUGCUGGUCCUCAAGCUGGACUCCAGAAUCCACUGGAAUUGGUUCCUAAUCUUCCUCCCUAUUUGGACCUUUGACAGCAUCCUCAUCCUCAUGCUGAUAGUGAAGAUGGCAGGCCGCUGCAAGCCGGACUUUGACCCCAGGGAGGGUGAGCAGAGCUUGAAGAGGAGGCUGUGGUACCUAACAGCCCUGCUGCUAAAACUGGCCUUCUGCCUGACUCUGUGCUCCCGCUUGGAGGGGCACACAAAAGUGUGGAUCAGUGUGGUCUGCAUCCCUCUGUGGGUGCUGCUGGGUGGAGCACUGAUAGAGCUGGGCUACAGCGUCUUCCACUAUAGGAGGGACUGAAAUUGCCAGAAUGUGAACUUUUUUUUCGAAAUACUCAGGCAUCUGUGACGAAGGAUACAUCACUGAAGGAAGAUGCUGACCUUUAUUUAAAACACUGUUCCUUUGCUGUAAGUGCAGACUCACUGGGUUAGUGACAUCUACACACUGGGGCAUGUAGGCUCUGCUUCAUCUUCACCUGCUUCAGGCGGCAUCAGAGUGUCAUUUUGUGACAUGUUUUUGGACACGUGUUGCUGCCUUUUAGCUCAUUUUUAGUCAUUAAUAAGGAAUGGAUUAAACUUAAGAGCCAGGUAAAAAGUAUGGCUGAUCAAACAUGUGCUACACAAAACAUUGAUCUUAGCUUUUCUACAUUAGCUGCACUCUGUCAGCAACAGUUUGAAUGUAGAUGAGAACUUCCCCCAUCUGCUAAUAUUAAACGUCAUUUGCACUGUACAAACUGCUGUAGACAUCUUUUUGAAAGCCAGGAAAAAAAAUUUCACUGUUCAUCCUUUUGUUGGCUGCUUUACAUCAUGUUUGCAAACGAAAUACCCAGGGAGAUUUAAGAGUAAGUGCAACCUUUGCUGCAGGUCAGUAUUUAAGUCUUUUGAGCCUUCAUAGCAGGAAAAGGCUGAAUUCCAGGAUGCAGUGUGUUUGUGGUGUCUCUGGAUGAAAAAUUCAUGAUAGAAUUUCAUCAUUUUUUAAAAAUCCAGUCAUCUCAGAGUGACUGAGAUAUCUACAGCUGAUAAGUGAAGCCAAUGUCGAAGUACGUUUAACCUGCAUUCUUUUUAAUGGCCACCAAGGGGUGAUAUCUAUAUCUGUGGUUUCAAGAGCACUUCCAGUGCUAUACAAAGACUCUGUGAAAAUGAUUCUUAGACAUAACCUGUUUCAGGUUAUAUUGAAUAAAAUUGUAAAUUUUGGGCUGUCUAUGUGAAAGAGAUGUGGAUUUUCUGGACACGCUCAUUGGCUAACAACUUGUGAUUGUGUGUGAGUCCUCCUCCUACUACACUAGCUAUGUGUCACACUCUUAUACACCUUUGUAUCCUUUAUUAUAACUUCUCCAGCAAACCUAUGCUCCAGAUGCAUUUUAGGAACCUAGAGAUCCUGCAGCACAGUGUACUGAUUUCCAGGUCAGGAGGGUGUAUUAGAUGAGAAAAUAAAAAUUAAAGUUAAGAAGGUACUGCUUCCUUAUGCUCCAAGAAGUUAGGAGCAUAAGAAGUUCUCAUGUUUGAUUUGGCAUCGAUUUUUCCUGAUGUAACCCUUCAAUUUAGGAUUCAUCCUGGACUACAACACCACAGUGCCACCUCUUCUAGGAUCCAGUCAAGUUUGGCUCAACAUAGAGUCAAAAGUCAACAGUGACUUAUUUUUACGGUUUUUCUCUGGUGGGAGGGGCUUAGAGUUCACGCUCACAGCAUAUUUAGAAUACAUCCUGCCAUAAUCUGAGGUUUCUUUUUGCCUCUUCCUUUAGGGAUCCCUACAGUGGAUCAUCUGCCUCCAUCUCACCCUAUCCCUAGCAUCCUGUCCUCUCACACAAACUCUACUCAUUUGUAAUCCUGUCCUGGUCACUCCCAGUGAAAACAUGAGCAUCUUCACCUCUUCUCUUUAUGUAGCAAAACCAUCUCCAAACCACAUAUUUUAACAGGUCUAACUGCUAUCUUAAUAUCCUUCUGCUCCACCCCCGCCUCCACACUCUUCUUUACCUGCCUUGUGCCCUGACUGUUGCUUUGCAUGCUUGACCCAGUGGCCAGAAAGGCAAAUGACUGUGACCUCAUUGAUACAAAACACAGGCGAGACUUUUAACGUUGACCAAGUCAAUAUUUUGAACCAUUUAUUGAGAGGUUCUGAUCAGAGUAUAAAUCACACUACCAAUUCUUAGGAAAUAAAAUGUAUUUACAACAGAAUUUUCACAUACAUCGGUUUCAAAUAAAAACAGACAGUAAAUGAUAUAAAUAAGUUCUAUGGAAAAUAAAACCUGUCUUACAAAAAAUAUAUGCAAUUUCUGUAUACAUUUUCUCACAUUGGUGCUAAUAACAUCUAUACUGUACAGUUUUGGUACAUACAGUAUCAUUUACAGCCCUGUGUGAGUCCAACAGUCCAGUCUGAAAACAACUACUUGCUCUGAUAUGGAGGUUUAAAAAUAACAAACCUCCAAAUCGGCAUGAGCAACGAUAAACAGAUGAUUUGAGAGAGAUCCCAGGGAUCUCCUUGAUGUCUCAAACAUUGAACAUAGGUCGUUCUUACAGCAGGGGAGUACGGAUGGUUGUUUUCAGACUGGCUAGACCAGUACCUAAAAUAGGUGCUUUAAGAGCGAAGCUAAGUAGUGCACAGGCACUGACACAAGGGGUCACAUAACAUUUUAUAUAAAGCCUACGUACAUCUGCUAACAAACGUGAAGUGAGCUACUUAGCUUACAUUCUUAGACCUUGUUAAAAUACCUGCAGAGCGCACCCUCAUUUCACUGCGUCACAGGAGGUCUGGCAGUGUCAAAGCAGCUUUCGCUCACUUUUGUGGUAUCUGAAGUAAGGAUGCACUUUGAAAUAUUUUACCAAAGCCUUGGCGCAAGUUGUACAGUUAAAAAAAAAAAAAAAAAAAA